AUGCAGACCCAUGAUUCCGCGCCGCCACGGCGGCAACGACGACGACCCCAGAUCUCAUGUACCGAAUGUCGAAGGCGGAAACAAAAGUGUAAUCCUAGGAAAGAUGGCCCCUGUGCAAACUGUCUACGGCGAUACCCGCCAGUGCCGUGCUACGUGCAAGACCUUGACGAUCCAAACAUUGGAUGUGGUGCACCGCAGAAAGUAACCCUCCAGAGUGAGACUACCUUGAGAUUCGUCGAUCAUGGCCCUGGCCCAAGAGAUUCUAUCUCAUCCCCCCUCCAUGAAUCUCACCCUGCGAAUUAUCCAGCAAUACCGUUAAGUCGUAUCCUCCACCCAAUCGAGGACCCGUCCCCGUACCAUGAAGCCGUUCAUGCGAUGAAGCAGGAAAUCAAGCAAUAUAUCGUUGACGACGUCGAAAAAGUCCACCCAGACUCUGUCGAAAAUGGACCACCGUCAGAAAACAAACUGGAAUUAGUCCAGAAGAGGCUCAAGUACAUGGAUCCUGGAAUGCAAGAGGCGAUGCACAACCGGCUUGAAAGCCCGAGCAUGGUUGGUGGUGUUUUAUCGAUGCUGAAUACCUUUAACACUAUGCCCGUCAAAACGACUCUCCGAAACACGGAACUGUUCUAUUUCUUCCAUAAUUUUGUGGCGCCGACGUUCUGUUCUGUGGAUGGAGGCAGCAUUCCACCACUCUUCGCCGCAGAGAUCUUGCCGUGGAUGAUGAAAUCGCCUUUGAUGCCCAAUGUAGCGAUUCUCAUGGCAUCUGCAGCUCAAAAUCACGCUGGAAUGGUUAAAAACUCCGAGACAUUAAUCAUCAAGUCUCAUGUUCUGUCUCUUGUGAACAGGUUCAUCCAAGAAGACUUCUUCCUGGUUGGAAACCAGGCACUGAGAAUCGUCAUACACUUGGUUGUAUUAGAGAUGUUCUGGGGUAAUGCGGAGAAUAUAUGGCCGCAUAUGGAAGGUAUAAAGCAAAUGCUGAAGAUUCGAGGUGGCCUUGUGGGCAUGAAUGAUCCCUUGAAUGCACAUGUACUGAUCGUGACCGAUUACGAGCUAGCAUGCGCGUUCGAGCGAGAACUCGAUCUCCAAUCCAUGGAGACCGCCAUCUCAACCGAGCUUCCCAUCCGAGAAAACUACCCCGCCAAGGCUCGAUGUCCAGUACUCCCAUAUCCAUCCACCUUCCAGGAGUGUAGAGAAACUCUGAGUCUCAGUAUUACUGCUGCGGAGAUUUUAGAUGAUGUGAGGUUCCUCACCACGUCGAUCACGUCAUGUUUUCUCUCCCCUGAGCUGGAGCCUACCAAGACUUCGAAGAUACAGAGUACGGCAGCAUGGCUACAUAAACGCAUCGAGGCCAUCCCGGCGCUAGAAAUCGUCUCCAUCACCCCCACCAGCGACAUAAUAAUCGACACCAUCCGCCUCUCAGCACUAGUCUACACAUCCGCCAUCCAAACCCUCACCCCACUCUCUCAAAACUUCCCACCCGACCUCCAAGAACGCAUGCACUCGAACAUCUCUCUCGUCGGACUCCGCAACUGGAAAGAAAUCCCAGGCAUCUUCCUCUGGAUCUUGUUGGUGGCGACGCCAUGCGCGAAGGAUGAUUAUCGGGGCAGGUUCUUGAGGAAGCAGAUGGCGUGUACGGGGAUGGCGAUUGGGCUGGAGGAUUUCCUGCUGGGGACGGCGUGUUUGAGGGCGUUUUGGUUGGUGCAGAGGUGGAUUGCUAGGGAAGGAGGGGAGGGCUGUCUUGAUGUUGAGGGAGAGGCAGAGGCUGAGAAUAAUGUUGCUUUGCUUGCUUGA